CCAUUUAAUAAGUUCUCUGCUGGACGGGGACAAGCAGGAGUGUCCAGUUAUCAUGUGAUUUGCAUCCCGCACAGUGCCGAUUCUGUACAGUCUAGUGCCCAGCCUGGUUGUCCGAGGUGUCACUCGACUUGCUUGCAAAUUCAACGCUCAACCAUGACGAGCAAAAGCCAAACUGAGAAGUUCCAACUUCACGUUCCAACCCUAGAUAAGCUCCGUGAAGUUUUGGAAGAGGGUUUAAAACGAAACUUUGCUGAUGCAGAAGUGACUGUCACUGAAUGCCCAGAUCUUACACAGGAACCAUUUAAGUUUCCUGUGAAAGGUUUAUGUGGUAAACCGCGUGUAACAGAUGUUGGUGGUGUUCCUUACCUCAUUCCAACAGUACAUCUGGACAAGCUUUAUAACAUGAACACCGUGUCCAAAGAGCUGGAACUACCUGGUGCUUUCAUCAUCGGAGCUGGCGCCAUCUCCUCAAAAACAGCUGGAAUGAAUGCUGAGCUAAUGCCCCUGGUGCUGACUGAAUCCGAGGGGAAACCGGCUGUGAAUGGCAGCUACUUUGCCUCCAUCAAUCCUGUGGAUGGAAAGUGUCUGCAGGAACGCUACAGCGACAGGUUCCAUGACUGCGAUUUUGGACUGCUGGCUAACCUGUAUGCCUGUGAGGGAAAACCUGGGAAGGUCCUUGAGGUGAGAGCCAGCCGCAGAACAGGACAGGACAGUCUUGUGUCGUGCAUGAGGAAAGCAAUGGAGCUGCACUAUCCUGAUCAAAGCUUGGCACUGGGGGGGACUUUUGUCAUCCAAAAAGGCAAAGCGAAGAUCCAUAUAAUGCCACGAGAGUUCUCGGCCUGUCCUUUGCUAACGGAGGACGACGUUAACGGUUGGUUGAAGCACUUUGAGGUCAGCGCUCCUUUCAUCUGCCAGACAGUGAUGGUGUCCAGGGAUCCAGGUUUGGACCUUCGUGUGGAGCACACUCACGGCUUUAGCCACCAUGGAGAGGGAGGGCAUUAUUACAUUGACACCACCCCUGACACCGUGGAGUACCUGGGCUACUUCCUGCCUGCAGAGUACAUCUACCGCAUUGACAGGCCCCAGGAAACUCACAAGAUCGGCAGAGACUGAAGAGAGAGGGAGAGACAGAGAGAAAAAAAAAGGAAUUUGAUUUUUUUUUUUUGCGUCUUGAUUGAUCAUGUGUGCCCUCAAGACAUAUGGUAGUUUGCAUUGGAAAUAUUACAAUCAAGUUUAAGUCGGCGUUGAAAUUUGGUAUGAAAGGAACACAAUUGAUGCAAGCAGAAUAAACAGCACUUUUUACAAAACAUGGUUUUCAUAAUUCCAGAUUUGUGCAUUCAUAAAAAAUGAAAUAAAAAAAAUAAAAUAACCAA